UCCAAGGACAGCACACAACAACAACACUGGCAGACCAAACUGUCCGCAACCAGCGCAACAGCAGCACCUGAGCGAGUGCUGUGGGGUGGAGGUGUUGUUUGAGUUGUUCUCUGGCUGGCUGGCUAUUCGCAGAGCGCAUACUGGCUUGUGUGUGACAGCGCCCACGCAAAAGCACGCAGGGCUGGAAGGCCCGAUCGAAGCGAGAGGGAAGGUUUAACGCUUUAACGAUCGCGAGGGUGAUCAGUGUCAGAGAGUGUCAGUGUAUGGCGUGAAGUGCUGAGGAAGGACACCGAGACAGCGAGACCAGCAAAGCACCAAGAUGGACGAGAUGGAGGCGUGGAUGGCAGAGGCGGGGUUGACAGAUAGUGUGAAGGACACGAUUCGAGCUGUUGCCAACGGCAUGUCGACCACUAAUGUCAAUUUGAAUGCUGCAGGGCUCCAGGACAAAGGUACCAAGGCGCUGGCAAUUGCACUGAACAUCAGACCCAACAAUGACAUUCGGGUGUUCUUGGACGGCAACUCGAUUGGGAAGGAAGGCUGUGUUGCGUUGGCUGGUGCACUGCGCGGACACACUGGACUGCAAACGCUUUACUUGGGCAACAACUCGAUUGAGAAGGAAGGCUGUGUUGCAUUGGCUGGCGCACUGCUCGAAGGAAUUGGCAAGGAUGCCGCCCGCGCGUUCGGAGUAAAGUGGCCGAUGGAAAGCAACUACUGCCUAAUUCUAACUAAUUCUGAACGGCGGGCGUUUGACGAAGGGCAGCGCGUGCAAGACCAAGACAAAGUGCAGCAGGCACAAAAUGGAAACGACACCGCCGUUCCCCGUCCGCUUUCACGUGAGGAAAUUGAGCGCCUUCAACGCGACAUGCAGGAGGAGGACCAACAGCUGCAACGAAAAGGUGGACUGGUGGACAGUGAGGAAAUCGAGCGCCUUCAGCGCAUCAUCCAGGAGAAGGAUCAACAGCUGCAGCGCAAAGAGGAACGGCUGCGUCAACUGGAAGACCAAGCAGAGUCCUUCUUCAACCUCAACCUGGACCCAGCCCGCUUCACGACGAAGAAACGCGUCAGAGACAACAAGGGCAACCCCGUCAAGGGUGCGUUCGGCAAGCUGUACCGCAGCACGCUUGCUGGGCACGAUGUGGCGCUGAAGGAAGUGGACGAUGUUGAAGAGCGACCACGACUGCAGCAAUUGCUGACUGAGAUGUACAGCACGACAACAAGUGAUGGUGACAGCAAGCGUGUGUUGCGAGAAGUGGCCGUCCUUGCGUCGCUCCGCCAUCCGAACAUCGUGCCUUUCCUCGGCCUCUGUUACGACAACGACCACAACACGCUCUCCUUCGUGCUGAGCUGGGCGGAGAACGGGUCUCUGUACGACUACACACACGUGCACAAGAAGAACCUGAGUGAUGUUGACAAGCUGCGCAUCUUGAGCGAGGUGGCGGCUGCCAUGGAGUUCCUGCAUGCACACAACGUCGUUCACCGCGACCUCAAGUCGCCCAACGUGCUGCUGGACGCAUCCCUCUCUGCCAAGGUGACGGAUUUUGGCCUGAGCGCGUUCGUCUCAGAGGACGCAUCUACGAUGACACAUGUUCGCGGCACGCGGUUCUGGGAAUCGCCCGAGCAGCUUUUUGGACACGACAUUCGUGCAGACACGGACGUGUUCUCCUUUGGCUGCGUGGUGUGGGAGGUGUGGUUUGGCGUCGUUCCUUGGCACCACGGGCCGUACAGCAGGGGUGGCAUCACUCAAGCAAGUCUUGGCAUCAGGUACAGCAACCUCGAGUACCUGCCGCUUGAUGCAGAGAUCAAUGGACGGCGAUUGACGUCUGCGCUUCAGGCGCUGCUUUGUGUGUGUUUUGAUGCGAGCGGCAACCGGGUGGACUUUUCUCAACUGCACGCCGCCCUCAAGUCGCAACAAAGGGCAGCUCGUGAUCAGGAGGCGGACGAUUUGCGGGAACAGCACAUGCUGCUGCACGGACCACCAGAUGCGGUGUGGAAGUUUCCACAGCAGCUGCUGGCUGCGGUGGACGCAACGCGUCCACAUUGCACCACUUCAACUUGA